GGGGGCGCACUGCUGCUGAGCACCGCCCUGCGACCGCCCUCUGUUUGCCUGCUGGCUGCGAGGUCCGUGAAGACGCCCUUAGCAACAACACACAGCUGCGUCGAAUAAGAUACUCCUACUGCAGGGAGAAAGGAUUAAACACUGAGUACAGGUGAAGCUUUUCUGCGGAGGGGAUGCUGCGGCUGUUUCUGUAGCUAACAUGGGGCACCGGUACAGCUAGCCUAUUUUGGCUAGCAAUUACCGAGGACGAGGCGAAUCAGCCCCAAGCUGUCCCGAAGGAGGACAGAAUCUUGGUACUUCGACGAGUGGUAGCAUCGCUGUUUGCUAACUACGAAAUCAGCUAACCGGGAAUAAGCACGGGAAUGGUGCUCUGGAUCGACCGACAGCGAAAGGCGAGGGGCACACGGGUCAGACCACCAAGCUCUAUUAUUUGGACUCAGACUAUUUUUAACAGAGGGAGCGGCUCUCGGGCGAACGAGUGCUUUUGUGGAUGUGCGAGCUAGCUGGCUGGCUAGUUAGCUGAGUGAAACGACCCCCAUCGCCUGCUCAGGUUUUUCACACUGCAGCCACUGCAAAUGUUAGCCAGGAGGAGUGAGAGUGUUUUAAAUAAAACAAGGAUAAAUUGCAGUGAAAGCCAAGAAGAAAGAAAACCAGCCCCAAGGACAAAAUAACGAGUUAUUGCAGUCGAAACCACAACUCAAGGGUACUGGGACACGGCCGAUCACUGCGAAGUUAUAAAUGCUAUUGGCUAAGUUUGCUACGUGACUUUAAUUUGAACCUUUUGCUUUCCGCCGUUUUUGUUUGAUUUCCCCCCGCUUCGGAUGCUGGCAUCACGUAUUAAUUAUAAACAUGAUGAUAAUAAGCAGAAAGCCAGAGGGCCCAAUAGCAACAGCACGCCAUGGUGAUGGCCUGUAUGACUCAUACAUGAGGACCGAUCGCAUCAUUAAAGACGACACGGAUACAAACACCCCAUCUGGGCUGCCCCCAAUGCCCAAACACACAGUUGUCAGUAACAAGGCUGUAAUGAAGGAUCAGGUAACUGUGCGAGGUGGACAGCUGAAGGUCAAGUACCUGUAUGAAGACUCCACCAACAACCGAAAGGUCAAUGCUAUAACCACAGCAACCACUCAGAACACUGGGACCACUGGUCAGAUGUCCAGUAAAGCUGCACCAGUCUCAAGCCAGUCCAAGGAGCAGCGUGUAGACAGCACUGAAUCCAGUAAGGGCUCCACUGAAUCCUCUGGCACACAGGGAAGUGGGAAUGGAGGGAACAGUGGGAAGCUGUGUGGCCCUCUUACCCCUGACCAGGCUCUGAGACUGUAUCGAUCUCAGUUGACCACCCUGGAGCAGACAGAGGUCCACUCCUUCCCAGACAUCUACUUUGUGGGACCCAAUGCCAAGAAGAGGCCUGCCGUUGCUGGGGGCAACAACAACUGUGGGUAUGACGAUGAGCAGGGCAGUUACAUUCAUGUCCCUCAUGACCACCUGGGUUACCGUUACGAGUUCCUCAAGAUUAUUGGUAAGGGUAGCUUUGGCCAGGUGGCCAAGGUGUAUGACCACAAACUGCAGCAACACCUAGCGCUGAAAAUGGUGCGUAAUGAGAAGCGUUUCCACCGGCAGGCGCAGGAGGAAAUCCGCAUCCUGGAGCACCUGCGCAAGCAGGAUCGUAAUGGCACCAUGAAUGUUGUGCACAUGCUUGAAAACUUCACUUUCCGCAACCACAUCUGCAUCACUUUUGAGCUGCUGAGCAUGAACCUGUAUGAGCUCAUCAAACGCAACAAGUUUCAGGGCUUCAGCUUGCCACUGGUCAGAAAGUUUGCACACUCCAUCCUGCAGUGCCUGGAGGCCCUCAGCAGACACAGAAUCAUCCACUGUGACCUCAAGCCAGAGAACAUCCUACUCAAACAACAGGGACGUAGCGGCAUCAAGGUGAUUGAUUUUGGCUCCAGCUGUUUUGAACACCAGCGAGUGUACACGUACAUCCAGUCUCGUUUCUAUCGAGCUCCAGAGGUGAUUCUUGGUUCACGUUAUGGUCUUCCUAUUGACAUGUGGAGCUUCGGCUGCAUACUGGCAGAGCUGCUGACCGGUUAUCCCCUGUUCCCUGGUGAGGACGAGGGUGACCAGCUGGCCUGUGUCAUGGAGCUGCUGGGUAUUCCUCCACAGAAGGUUCUGGAGCAGGCCAAAAGGGCAAAGAACUUCAUCAACUCCAAGGGCCACCCACGCUAUUGUGGAGCCAAUACCCUGCCCACCGGGGCCACUGUGCUGACGGGGUCUCGCUCCCGCCGUGGCAAGAUGAGAGGCCCUCCAGGUAGUAAGGAAUGGAGUGCUGCUCUCAAGGGCUGUGAGGACCCCACCUUUACUGACUUCAUAAAGAAGUGUUUGGAUUGGGACCCCUCAUCUCGUCUCACCCCUUGUCAGGCCCUCAGGCACCCUUGGCUGUAUCGCAGGUUGCCUAAGCCCAUACCUGGGACAGAGAAGAGCCAAGGGGCAUCAGUGAAACGACUCCCUGAGCACCACAGCACCUCCUUCCCCUCUAUUCUGGGCAAGGGGGGGGCUGGCUUAGGCACCACAGUAGCCAACAACAAACUGAGGAGCAAUAUGAUAGGAGAUUCAGGGGAGGCCAUACCUCUGCGCACGGUCCUACCCAAACUUGUCUCAUAGAGAGAGAGAGUCUUAUCUCCUCUCUUCUUCCACUUCCUCAGGAGGAAGCAGUAUAGGAGAAAGUGGAGUCUAGGUUUUAAAACUCAUUUGGUGAUUGUUUUUGUUUUCUACUGAGAGGUGUCGACACCCCAGUUCCUGGUUUUUAAUAUUUGCUGAACACACAGAAAGACAAUAAAAGAAACGCUAAAAAAAGAUUUUAUACAAAGGACUUUCUUGAGCGGCUGUGGAAUUUGUGUGUACAGCCAUUUGAUACAGCUUGAUUUUUAGAUGCUUUUAAAAAUGUCCUCGUAUGAGUGCACGGCUUCGUACAAUGAGAAAAUGUUUUUAAUCUGCGUGUUCUCAUGUGAGCGUUGUUUUAGAAAAACACACUCGAGCACACCUGCGCUGUCAGUCGCCUCUGCUUCACACUCAACACUCGGAGGACACCACCCUUUCUGGAGAAAUGUUUAUGUCAGUGACAGUUGGAAGGGGCUGCAGAGAUCACUCUUAUCAGGUUAGAGCUGGCAAAGUUACAUUGGCACAGUUACCCCUCAUACAACAGAAAUGCCUUGACACAGGUAACGAGGGAUUAUGAAGUGAAUAAUUAGCAAAGCAUUUUGUAGCAAUAACUUCACUUUCUCACCGUCUCUAAUUGUGCUCUUUUUCUACCUUUGCUGAUCCCUGUGGUUUGCGUGUCAGCUCUGUAACGUGUGUAUGCGCUUUAUCUUGGUGCUGCUGCUUCAGGAAAUGUCAAGAGGGGACAGGACAACCUAUUUACAGCCCCUUCCUCAGACUCUGUCACACACGGUACAUCAUAAGCUGUUUUGUAUGAAACUCCCAUGUAAGGCCAGACUGAUAGAGAAUGAGAUGGAGGGCUGCAGGUCAUUGCACAUACACACCUGUGGAGCGAGUGCCAGGAAUGUUGUCUAUGGACAGUUACAGUUUAUGUGAAUGCCACCUGCCCAUGCCCCAUAACUGCUGUGAGUGUUGGCAUUGCUGCAGUAAUCCUAAUAGAAGAAUAGUCCAAAGGGGAAAAGUUCAUGGAAUGAUAUGAAGGUUUAAUAUGAGCCAAGAUCUUUUGUUUUCCUCUGGGGGAGAUGUAAAGGAGGCUAUAGGAGAGGCCAGUGACAAAGCGUUAAGGUACUGAAGAAAAGUGUUUCUCAGGGAGACAUACUCGAUACAUCCCUUAAUCUUAUAUAAACUGUAUUCCACUUAAAGUCUUCUGUCCCAGCUUUGGCAAAACAUGCAGUUGUGUCCAGUGAGAGUCUGCAUAUCCAAGUGUGUCUGCAAGCUCCACAAUCUGACCUAGAUUUUCU